UGCGGGCGGGCGGACGGACCGACGGACGCCGCGAGUUCAGCGCCGGAUUCCCCGCUGAGGCUGCCGCCGUCCCCUCAGCACCAUGUCGGGUCGGUCGGUGCGGGCCGAGACCCGGAGCCGGGCGAAGGAUGAUAUCAAACGGGUGAUGGCGGCCAUCGAGAAAGUGCGCAAAUGGGAGGUCAUAAUUCUGUGAUUUUCACCAAACUCUGUUGCAAUGCAAGUGAGUGUGAUGUGAUAAAUUCAGCAUUAUGACGUCACUUCGUGAUCAUCAACAGAAGAUGGGGGAGAAGAAGUGGGUGACAGUUGGCGACACGUCCCUAAGGAUUUACAAAUGGGUACCAGUAACAGAGCCUAAAGUCGAUGAUAAAAAUAAGAAUAAGAAAAAAGGCAAAGAUGAAAAAUGUGGGUCUGAAGUGACCACUCCAGAGAACAGCUCCUCCCCAGGGAUGAUGGACAUGCAUGAUGACAACAGCAACCAGAGUUCAAUAGCUGAUGCUUCUCCAAUAAAACAAGAAAACAGUAGUAAUUCAAGUCCAGCACCAGAACAGAACUUGGCAACACAAGCAGACGGCACUGAAGUCAAGUCUGACGAAACUCAGGCAGAAGCAAAGGAGCAGCCUGGUUCAGAAGAUACCUCUGAUGAACAGAAUUCACAGUCUUCAAUGGAAAAUUCCAUGAAUAGUUCAGAGAAAGCAGAAAUCCAGUCCUCUGGAGAAAAUGAUAUAAUUACAGAGGCAUCUAAAAACUCUCAGGUAACUUUCAGCACAAAAGCCUGGUUACUGGGAAUUUGGAAAGGAGUAUUUUUACUAAACAGCACAUGUAAGGAGGCCAGUUCUGUAUUUAGACUCAUUUCCAAAGGUGAGGAGUGGAGUUGUGGAGUAUUCAAUGGCCAUGUAUCUGGUUUUGUGGCUCACUGGACUGGCUUCUUGCAUUUCACAUGGUUUGAACAGUAAGACUAGAUUGGUCUGGUUUACUUUUCACUUUCCUAAACCAGGCUGUGUUACUUUUGUAAGGGAAUAUUAAAACUUAAUGGUAAUAAAUGGCUUGGACCUAACCUAUUGGACAGGCCCUUCCGAGAGCCAGUCAGAAGUAAAAUACCUUCUACAAAGGUAAAUGCAUAUAGCAGUCAGGGAAGUUACUUUUGGUGGGUAGGAUGUUUGGAUGUUCUCUCACUGCUCUACUGGAAAAUGGUGUGUGGGAGGAAGGGAUUACCCUGGGCUUGUCCUGCUCACACUGAGUCCCUCAGGCAGAGCACUGCUCAGUCCACUGGUUUCCCUUGGGGGUGGGUGGUUUGUUUCAGUGCACUCCUCACACCUUCCAAAAACCUUGCGUGUUCUGUCCUGUAAAGAUUGUUUUGGCUGCAGCAGGAGAAAACCCAUGUGCGCUUGGUGCAGGUUGUGCUUGAGCGUGGAGCUGAGGGAAGGCCGGGUAUAACCAUGCAUCAAGGCUGUUGCUUGGAAUAUUCACUGUGGUUUUUAGCCCGGAACUAGAAUUUUGCCCUUUGUCUGUAGACGACAAGAAGUGUAAAGAUGUUUGAGGUAAGAUAUAAAUAGAGGAGUGGCUUCAGGAAGUAAAUGCAGUUGGUCAUGUCAUUUAUCACAUCCAGGGAUGCUUUGUGCUUUACAAAUGCCACACCAGGGAUUUGUUCUUGCUUUUGGUUUGCUUGGUGGUGCCUGAAAUUCAGUGCAAUGAUAACACGGUUGUUUUUCUUUUCCCCCUCCUUAAGGACUCUGAAGGAGUGCCACCUUCUAAAAAGAUGAAAGUAGAGGCUUCCCAACAAAAUGUUGAAGAGAUUUAGACUAUAGAUUUUUCUGGUCAGUUUUUAUGUAAGGUACAUCAGUGGGCUUAAUUCUAGAACAACCUUACUUAAGCAUCUUCUCUUGGAUGAGGACAGAACUCCUAACUUUUCAAGUUACCAAGCAAAAAUCCAAGAAAGCCUAACAAAGGUUUAACUUCUCAGACACUGAAAACUUUCUUCCUGUGAAACAAACGUUGAGAACUUUUAAGUUACUGUCUCUGAAAUGGUUGGAGUAAACAACUCAGGAGGGGUCUACGCACUGUUUCUAAAGUCAAAAUUACAAUUAUGUUGCUGCUGUAUUAUUUUUUUGUGUGUUUUUCAUUUCUCUAUUUAACAAUGUAAGAUAUUUAAGGAUGGUACAGGUCAGGUAUUAGCUUUCAUGUGAAGUUCAUUGUUCUGGCGUGACGUCUGCUUUUGUUUUGUGCCUUGUGUUCUGAAAACAGUGCUAAGUUUUAAAGAAGUUGUUUUGCAACUGUCUCCUUUGCAAAGUGGCCUAUGUUUGUAUAAUGCCAUGGAGUGAGGCUUGUUUCUCUUUUCCUUUUCUGUUUGGGGUUUUUGUUUUGUUGUUAAUUUUUAAAUCCCUGGUGCUUCAAUUUUUAAUACAGGUCAGGAAGCCAUUUUCACUCUUGGAGUCCAAGGAGAAAAAGGAGCUUGAUAUUUUAUGUUAGCAGCUAUAGUGGAGAUCUUUUAUGAAUGCAUGGCAUUCGCAACUGUAAAUUUGGUCUUCUAAGUACUUAACUUCAUCAGAAGUUAACAUGAUCUGUUUACCAUUUAUAGUCCAGAUCUGAAUAUAUACUAUAACACAGCAGUUAAAAUACUUAAGUAUUAGGUCCAGAUCUCUGUACUGGGUACAACUUGCUUUACAGAAAACUUCCACUAUGUACAUAAAUAGGAUCAAAGGGAUUAAUGCACAGUGAAUUUAUUUUCAAUUGGUCUUUUUUGAUAUCAUGUUUUCACUGAACUGGAUUUCACUGUACUGUUUCUGUAUAAGAUGUUUACUUCUGUGUUCCAGGUUAAUACUGUAUUAGAGGGUUCCUUUCUCCUUUCAGCAAGUCUUGUAGAUAAGCCUUGUUGUUUCCAUAGUCCCUACAUCACUGUUAGGUUCUUCCUAACAUUGGAAAAGUUUCUUCCAAGGAUGCUGAAGCGUGCUAAUGUGAAACACUAUGGACAGGCACGAAGUAUGUGCAGCUCCCUUCCAAUUGGUGGCAUGCAGAGGUGCAAAACCAUCUGCAUCAGGUCGCAGGGGCCUGAUCUUAGAGUGGGCUUUGUGCUUCCAGGGUGAGCUUCCAGUUAGAAAUACCCGGUGGUGGUAGGAACCGCUUAUUUCUUCCUUCAGUGCACGCGCAUGCACGUACAUACAGAUGGAUGUACACACGUGUCGCUGCAUCAGGCCCUGAGUCUGUCUUCACUCUGUGUGGGAGAUGGAACUUGUCGUUUAAAAUAUGAUCUCACAGCUAUGAAAACGGUUUAUAGUUUGUAAGCUAAGAACUGUAAAUACUUUUUUAAAUGGGGAGGGGAAAACCAACAUUGCUUCCAGUUGAUACACUUUGAGGAUUAGCUCUUCAUUAAGCUUAUUUAGUUCUGGGUUCUCCAAUAGUGAAAAUGGCUUGUACUUAGACUACUGUUGCUUUUGCAAUUACCACUUUAUUAUGAGAAACAAUAAGGGAAUGGGGGGGAGGGAAUAGAAGGAGGGUGGAGUGGGGAGCCAAUACUGACCUUCCAUAGGAUGUUUGUAGGAUUGGACGCCAAAUAACAUCUGACACUCAGUUCCAGAACUCUUCCUUUAUGUUGAAAUAAAACCUUUUGGAUUUUAACUGAAUAAAAAUUGGAUUGCAAAUCAUUCAUGAAAACAGCGUGCUCCCUAAUAAGUUUUUGGGAUUUCUGGUCUGAUCAUGAAGUCCAUUAACAUUCUGAAAAUAAGGAAAUGAGGAGCCAAAAAAAACCACAAACCCUAUAUUUGCACAAUAUAUGCAAUGAAACGGUAGAAUUCUCUCUUGAAUUGUGUGUAUGCCUAAAAUGUGGAUAACUGGUCAAUGACGAUUGAUUUGUAUGUAUAUUGCAUUCAGAUUUAAGUGAUAUUUUGUGAGAAGUUCUAUUGAUAUAUUAAAUGGGCAAAUCUAGAAAGAUUCAAACGUAAGAAUAUUUUUGCUUUGCUAACUUUCUGUUGUUUUUAAUGCUAAAACAAGACGAGUCUGAUGCCACCUCUGACACUAGUCAUGUUUACUAACCCCGGUCUUCAGGUGCAUCGCAGCAAGUUUUUAACUUUAAUUUUGUAGACGUUUCCAAGGGAGUAAAUAGACUUUUCAUUUAGAAACUAAUUCCUGUACUUUAGGAAGAAAUAAAAUAUAUAAAUAGCACUAAAAAUACCUCAAAAUUUUUCAUUAGAUAGAAGCAUUUAUUGGCAUUAUUGACAUCAACAGGUUUAAUUAUCAAUUUCCUUUUCUCUCCUGUGGCUUCUGCUCAGAACUGUUUGUUGUUCUGUGGCUUACAAGACAAGGCAUCAUAACCAUAUUUAUUCCUAGAGGCUUUAUUUCUGAAGUAGUAAUGGUUUAUUUACAGCUUAUACAGAAUACAUUCAGAACUGUUCUUUUUUUUUUCAAACCAGAGAUUCUAGUGACAACAGACAACUGAACAAGCAGAUAGAUUUGGGUUCCUUAGACCCGUUAUUGUCAGUCUCUAAGGAAAGAGACUUUGACAUUAUCUGGUAUGAAGAAAUCCAAAAUAGUGUCUAAGACUGUUAUUAGUCUUUUUUUGAAGUGCCUGAUAACAUUUAUGGGCCAACGGAUGUGAUUAAACACAUUUUAAUGCCAGAAAGUACAGAUGGGACCAAACCAGAACAUCAAAUUCAAAUCAACCUAAGGUUUGAAGCCAGAUUUAAAUCCAGCUUCUUUUUGGUUUGGACCUAUCUCUACCAGAAACUUGGUUUAUGAACUCCCUGUAAAAGGGUUUAUUGAAAGCAUUGAGACGUGGAGCAGAAGGAGAGAUGUCAUUUUCUUCAAGCUGACUGAAAGUUCUCAUACAGCUGACGUUUUAGAAAUAGUGCAAAUAUCAAGAAGUGCUUCCUUGCUACAAUGCUGAAUGUUGGAGCUUCAGUUACAAAUAAAUACAAAAGAAAAAAAAAAGAAAAAAAAAGGAAAUAAAAAAUAAAAGACAAAAAAAGAAAC